CCUCGUUCACUUUAACAAUGGCAUCACCGGCCAAGAUUUCUUCUUCUUCUUCUCCGUCAUCGUGUAAAAUGAACUCUCAUCUGAAAAAAUCCGAACUCAACGAUCCUACAAGAAGGAGUUUCAGUGGAAACCCUUUUGCGAAGCCGUCCGUUAUCACGAAUCGCAGAGCAUUUAACCCGACCACUCCGGCUAAUAGUCCUUCAGAUUUUCCUCGAAGACAUUCCACUAGCCGAGAAAGUGUAGCUUCUUUACCUGAUCAUGGCAAGGAGAACACUCAAGGCUCGAAUCCGAAACCGACCAGCCUCAAAUCACCUGCUCUUUCCAAGUGUAAGAAGAAUUUCAUGUCGCCAACGAUCUCAGCAGCUUCGAAGAUCAACACAUCACCAAGAAAGCAAAUCUUGGUAGAGAGAAAUGAGUCAGUUCGAUCUUCUGUUUCAUUGUCCAAUGUGAAAGGCCUAAUCAUGGAAGAUAACGAGUCAACACCAGAGAUCGCUUUGCAGCAGAAAAAGGUCUCAUUCUCCGAUGUUAAAAGUGUCAUCAUGGACGAUACCGAUUCGAAACCGGAGAUUGGUUCCAACCAGAAGAUGGUUACGUUCUCCGAUGUUGAAAGGACUGAAUCAACCCCAGAGGUUAGUUUGAAUCAGAAGGUGACAUUUGCUUUCAACGAUUCAACUCUACCGUACUUGACUCAUGAUUCACAAAUUAGUCAUCAUGAAAACGAGGAACCUUUGAAAGGCGAUGAAGAUCUCGAUUAUAAGGAGACUGAGAAUGAUUCUGAUCUGGUACCGGAGACCGUUACAGAAGAAAAGGAUUCAGUUAAUGUGGAUCCACUGAUGGUUCCUUAUGACCCUAAAACCAACUACCUUUCUCCGAGGCCUCAGUUUCUUCGUUAUAGACCGAAUCCUCGAAUUGGGCUUCUUCGGGAAAGAGAAGGCAUGCAGCUCGAUGAACUCUUUGCGUCUGAAAGCUAUUCAGACAAUGAUGUUACUGCAGAAACACCAACCGAAGGUUCGCCAAGAGACUCAGAGGAUGUUUCUUCAGAAGAAACAAUGGAAGAAGAACACGACGAGGAGAAGCUUCAUGUAUCCGAACCAAACCCGAGUUUGAAUGAUAAAAGAAUGUCUAAGCCACGUUUUCCCACCAGAUCGAAGUACAUUACUUUGCUUCUGUUUCUGAGUUUUGUUUGCUUUUCAGUUCUAGUGGUUAAUUCUCCAGCCUUUACUCAUGGAAUAGAAGAAAUAAGCAACUAUCAGGUCCCGCAAGAAGUUUCAGAAUAUGCGAAAGCGUACUUCGGUCGAUUCACUCGGAAUCUGCAGCACAGGUCAGCUAGCUUAUUGUCUUAUGUUUCAGAAAUCGUUUCCGGUUCAAGAGAAAUGCACAAACUGGAUCCUAUUCAGUAUGCUAAUUUGAGUCGGUUGAUGGAGGAUCAUAUGGUUGAGAGGCAACUAAUGUUCGACUCCGGUUCAACGGAGCCGAUAUGGGAGAGAGAUGCUGGAACCGAACUACUGGAUGACAAGCAUUAUCAAGAGAUUGAAGCAGAUGAGGUAGUAGAUGAAGAUGAUGAUGAACAAGAAGACCAAGAGAGUGAAGCUUCUGAAAACUCGGAACUAGUAUCGGAACAACCUGAUGCAGUGCAUCAAGGGAUUGAGGAUGAAGUUAUUGAAUCGGAUCAUUUAGAGGUAGAGGAAAGCAAAGAAGCUGAAUUUGCAGGUUGGCAGGAAGCUGAACAUCAGAGCAAUGUUGAGACUAAAAACCAGCAAUGCAUAAUCUCGCCGCAGGCUACUGAAAUUCAACAUGAUAUACCCGAAACUAGGGACCCUGACGGUGGCUUGAACAACAUCGUUGAAACAUUGUUCCCUGAAGAAGUGAAGUCUGAGGAUCUCAAAACUGAAGAUUCCACCGACAACUCUCAAAGUUCUGAAGCUGUAGAUAUAGUUAAUGGGCAGGAAGAACAAUCAAUUAAUAAUGUGACGGGUCUUGCUUUACUGUUGUGUCUAUUACUACUAGCUUCAGCUUUCAUCUACGCAAAGAGAGAAAAGCCCUCCAGGCCAAAUGUUUCUAUGCCGUGCCAGAAAUCCGAAUGCAGUCCAGUUUCGGUUGACUCAAAGGAUACGAUCACCGAAAAAGUAUCCUCCAAGAAUUGGCAGACAGAAGUAGACAUGGCUGAUGAGUCGUGCCCCUCUGAAAUGAUGAGUAGCUACGCAAAGAGCUCAUCAUAUUACAGCAACAGACUCAAGGAAUCGAAUGAGCCAUGCCCAUCAGAAAUGAAUAGCUCUGAGAGGACCUCUUCAUCUUACAGCAACAAAGGAGGCAAGGAAUCAAAUCAAUAUCAGAGCCAAGAAAGGAAAGCUAGGAAGACCUACAGGAGAGAAUCUCUUGCUUCAUCGGAUUACUCGACGGGUUCACCUUCCUAUGGCAGUUUUACCACGUAUGAGAAGAAAACUAGCAAGCAUGGGGGAAGAGAUGAUGAGAUAGUUACUCCAGUCCGACGUUCAAGCAGAAUCCGAAAUCAGGUUACAUCUCCAUGAUGAUGAUUGGCAAAUUAUAUCUUGUGUUUGUAACGGUUUCACUGCUGUGCAAUUCUAGUGUGAAUGUUUCACUGUCAUUAGAUGCUAACAUAGAUUAGAGGUUAAUCGUCCUGUGAACAAAUCUCAUUCUUUUUUAAUAGAAGAGUUUAUGA